CCUGCGAGGGAGGGAGCGAGCGCCGGGGUGCGGCGGGCAUGGAGCGGGGCCGGGACGGGGAGGAGGAGCUGGAGGAGGAGGAGGAGGAGGAUGAGGAUGAGGAGGAGGAUGGCGGCCCGGAGAGCGCCCUGGAGAAGAGCCCGUUCCAGCUGACGGCCGCGGAUGUCUACGACAUCUCCUCCGUGGUGGGCCGGGACCUGCUGCAGCUCCGCGCCGGGCCGCAGCUGCCCGCCGCCCGCGCCCGGCUGCAGUUCAGGAUCGUCAGGGUGCUGGAGAUGCUGGAGGCGCUGGUGAGCGAGAGCAGCGUGGCCGAGGAGCAGCUGCGGCGGGAGCGGGACAGCCUCCGGCGGGAGCUGGAGCAGCUGCGGGCGGCGGCCCGCGGGAGCGCCCCGCAGUCCAGCCUUGGACCAGAUCAAAUGGUGAUAGACCUCACAGACCCCAACCGGCCCCGCUUCACAUUACAGGAGCUCCGAGAUGUAUUGCAAGAGAGGAACCAGCUGAAAGCUCAGCUUCUGGUGGUGCAAGAGGAGCUACAGUGCUAUAAGAGUGGGAUCAUCUCACAGAAAAGGGACCAAACUGAAGUACUGGAAAAAGAAGCCAGUGGCAGCAGUGCUGGCAGCAGAAAGGACAGUGAAGAGAAGACAAUCAUCAGACGGCUGUUUUCUUUUAAACAUGGAAAAUGAGCACCCUGAAGGACUUUGCUGCUGGUGAGGAUGGCACUGAUGAGCCUCAGAGGCAUUGGGAAAGACAAUGAUUGGAAGCAGCAGCAUCACUCCUACUGUAGAGAAUGAGCAAUCUCAUUAAAGUCAUGUUGUAUAAUAUUCUUUCAGAAUAGAUUUUACUCUGCUUUUUCAGAAACUGUUUGAAACAGACACUUUUUGUAUUUCUUACUGUCGGACAUUAUCCACAUGUAGAAAAUAAAAUGUUUAUACAAAGUUGGGGCUUAUUCUUAUUAAAAGAGCCUCUGAUGAUCUGUACUACAGCAU